AUGGGCGAUCGAGGCAUCCUCAAUGAGGGUGCCAAACCAGGGAAUUUUAUGGUGAACCAGGUUUCAGACCAUGUAUUUAAGCUCCUCAUGAUUGAUUUUGCACAAUGCAAGUUUCGCAAAGAUUUCAAGGACGAAGAAGAAUGGAGGGAGUGGCAGGCCUACCACGAUGAAGAGAGGGCAAUCGGACGUGUGAUGGAGAGAUAUCUAGAAGAAGGAUUUGUUUACCCAGCAGACUCCUUACAGCAAGAAGCUGAGUGCUGA